AUGAGCUCAAAAGAUUCCCUUCAAUAACCUCUAAUACUUGAGGAGGAGACGAAAACUAUAUUUUUGGAGGAUCGUUCAGCCACAGAAAUGAAUAUGGAACAAAUCGUCAAUGAUAGUGCUUUUGAAUGGGGUUCUACAUCACUCUUGGAGGACAGCAGCAAAGUGAAGGUGAUUCCAUUUGUUGCUAAUGAAACAAUCUUCUAUCGUAGGACACUAGAAAAGAAUAACAAGGAGCUCAACUUUUUCGAGAGAUGCUUCAAAAGUAAGAAAUCCACAAAUCAGGUUACAAUGGCUUAAAUCAUAGACCUACGACAAAAGGAGAUAUUUAAGGAUUAUGCCUAUGAAACCAAGAAGACUGGAUUCCUUACAGGCAUGUCCUCAUACAUUCAUAAGGUGAAAGUCCUUGAACCCGAUUCCCAGUUCUACAUAUAUUGGUAGGUUCUAAACAGCAUUUUGGUACUUGGCUUCUUCUUCCAAAUUCCUUUUAUGCUCGCCUACCAACCACUUAUCGACGACAAGUACGCCUUCCACUACAAAAAAUACGAGGAAAUGUCCCUAUACGUAGGAAUCUCUAUUUUUAUCGUCGACAUCAUAGCAACCUUCAAUACAGCCUUCUACAAGCAAGGAUAGCUAAUCAAUGGUAGGAAACAGAUUGCCAUCAAAUACUUCAAGAGCUAUUUCUUUUUAGACUUAAUUCCUUUACUAUGUUUGGUAGAAUAUAGAUGUCGAUUAUAUGAGGAGAAACAAUUGGGAUUUGAACAGUUUUUCUUUAUUUUAAAAGUGUAUGAGGUGAAUAAGACUAGUAAUAUGAUAAAAGAAUACUUACAACUUGAACCCUCCAAACUAGCCAGGUAUCGACUACUCACUGUAAUGUUAACAAUCAUAUGGUUAUGUCAUUUAUUUGCAUGUUUAUUUUUUUUUGUUGGAAGACGACAGCUCAACAAACAAUUAGGGAAUGUGUCAUGGUUGAAUCAUUGUGAUAUAGUUACUAUGAAUGGGGGGUAUGAGGAAAUGCCAAUCUCAGAACUACAUCUGUACUCGUUUUAUUGGGCUGUAACAACAAUGAUAUCAGUAGGAUAUGGUGAUGUUACUCCAAUGAAUUUCUGGGAGGUUCUGGUGACAGUCAUGACAUAAUUUAUCUCUUGUAUUGUCUUUGCCUAUUCAGUCAAUGCUAUAUGGGAACUGAUCUACUCGUAGAAUGAGAGCAAGGACAAAUUUCAAAAGUAUGUGAAUGCCAUCUAAAGAUUCAUGGUUGAACACAACGUGGAUCGGAAAUUGAAGGCGCGCAUUGAAGCCUAUCUCUUCCAUUUGUGGCAGACUGAGAAGGCUCGAGAUCAUGAAUUAGAGUAGGCCAUGAUCCUUAAAUUGGCCCCCGCCCUACGAGAGGAGUUGAUAUAUCAAACCUUAGGUAAAAUGCUCAAGCAGAAUAAUUUCUUCUCCUGUUUCUCAUAAGAUUUGCUUAUGGAAUUGGCAUAAGAAAUUUAGUAACAAUAUUAUUCCUAAGAAGAAAAUAUAUUCCUUGAAAGUGAGGAGACGAAUGACUUCCCUUUAUAUUUUUUGGAUAAAGGAUAGGUUGAAAUCUUUUUGGAUAGUGACAAAAGAAUCAAAUUACAUAUCAUUAAGUAAGGUAUUUUUGGAAUAAUUGGAUUCAUCACUGGAUACAGGAGAACAGCAUCUGCUAGAUGUCUCACUUAUUCAGUGAUUUACAAACUCUCUAGAAUUUCAUUCCUUAAAUUAUUAGACAAAUACGAAACUGAUAGACAAAGAUUCUAUGAAAUAAGACACAACAUACUAUUCAAUAACGAUUAUGAGCACUUGAAGUUGCGAUGUUAUAUUUGUGAAAGCAGAAGUCAUCUGGCCAUCAAUUGCAAACGGACUCUCUAUCUUCCAGUAAAGGAUCAAGUGAUUCAAUCAACCUACAACAUUCAAAAUAACAGAGAAUCUAGUUUCAGACGAAGAAUAGUGAAAUAGCAAUUCAAAGCUCUGUCUCAUAUUCGAGAUGUUUAAGUGAAUGCUUUGGCUAUCAAGAAGUACUUUUAGAUCACAACUUUCAAUUUGGAUUCCAAUGAUGAGGAUGAUGAAUACAGUUCAGAUGUAGACGAUUACGAGGAGGAGAUUGUGAACAUCAAGAAGAUACUUGAAUAGGAGAAGGAGAAGGCAUAAUUGAGAUAGAAAGGAAAAUGGUUGGCUGAUGAUAAUUAUGAGAUGAAGAUUGAUGAGAACAGAGACAAUUAGAGUUUAGAGUUGUCAGAUGGUUUGCUGAAAUCUUAAGGGAAUCUCAAGAAUUCAGAGGAGGAAUAGAAGAAAGUGAAAAAGAAGAAACAGUUUUAGAGUUUCGUCAAAUUGCCAUAACCGAAGAGAGUGAGGACUUCGUCAAUGUCUAGUUUAACUCCGAUUCAAGAAUAGAUUAAGAAGGUUGUUAAGGGAUAGAACAGUAAUGUCACUCCCAAUACUGUUCAAAUACUAAGAAGGAAGAGCAAAUUGUUCCAAGGGAAUGAGAUUACUGAUAAACAACUGGAGAAGAUGCCAUCUCCUGAGAGACAAACAAGUCAGGAAUCGAAGAAAUAGGAGUUGUUGCGGAAAAUGAAAUUUCUGCAGAUAGCUCAGCCCAGAAACAAGGAGGUAUCCUUAAUAAUCGACGAAUUAAGGAAUUACAUCGCAAAUAGUUAAAGCAACAAUUAGCCUCCCAAGAUUGAGGAUGAUGCGAAUGAGAAUAGUGAUGUGGACAGCUAAUUCAGCAUCGAUCACAUGGCCAAUUACGAAUGUUUCUUUUAGGAGUAGAACCCUGAGAAGGUGAUUCGAAAAUAUAAGCGAAUCUUCAAGGAGAGAGUGAAGUAGAGAAGGACAACUUUAAUUAGAUAUUAGGAUGAAUGA